GCCAACACAAACAAAACAAAUCCUUAUAAGGUCCUCUCCUACUAAAAUCUAGUAUAAUGUCGAUAUCAAGAAACUCAUUGCUUAUGUUCCUAAAUUUAGCAUUCAUGGCUAUGUUUGUCACAGCAGGAAACGUUCGACAGCUGUUGCCACCAUUUCCAUUUGCGCCAACGCCGGGCCUGGCACCUUUUCAGCUUGGUGCAGUGCAAAAUUGUUGGUCAUCCCUUACCAACAUACAAGGCUGUAUGACGGCGAUAUCUGAUUCAUUUUUCUUUGGACAAAUAGGUGCCAUUGGCUCUGCUUGUUGCCAAGCCAUUACUCAUAUUAGUGAUGAUUGUUGGUCUAAAAUGUUCCCUUUCAACCCUUUUUUCCCCCCUUUUCUCAGGAUCUUUUGUUCAUCUCCAACACCACAUGCAAGACCGAUAUUGAAUGGCAUUAGCGAAGUGCUGCCGCAAUUGUCGUCUCGAAGUGAAGUUGAAAAAUGCUGGUCAUCUCUUUCCAACGUUAAUGGGUGUAUUAUGGAAAUUUUGAAGUCACUUUCUGGUGGUACAAUGCCUAGUCCUACUUGUUGCAAUGCCAUCAUCAAACUCAAUGACGAUUGUUGGCCUAAAUUGUUCCCUUUUAACCCACUCUUCCCUCCAUUGUUGAAGAAUUACUGCGGUGGCACAGCAGCAACACCUAAAUGAACUAAAUGUCCUCAACUAGUUCAAGCCCUUACAAAGAGAAAAUCAAAUAGUAGAAGGAGAGAUCCUAUGCUUAGAUGUUUUCUCUAAGCAUAUUUAGGUUUCGUAAGGAGGGUGGUUUCUUUUUGGUGUUUUUAGGGCUGACUUUUUAUUUUUGAUAAUAAAAAUUUGAUUUUAUA